AAAUGACGAUCUGUUUUAAAAUCCGAUUCAUCUUUACAUGCCAUCUGUGAUUUAGACCAGCAGCGUUAUCCGUCGACAGAGCUACUUAAACGCAGUGACUAGACGAAAUUAAGUCAGUUCAGGGCUCUGGUAUUUGAAGAGAGAGAAAAUGGACCUAGCGGUGGAUGUUUAUGUGGCUGUCCCGCUGCUCUUCACUGUGCUGGCUGUUAUUAUCGCUUCUUUAUAUCUGAGAUUCAGACCGUCCGAUCCUAGUGUUAAAGAACAGGAUGCGAGUUCUAAAGUUGACGGGAGUAAAGCCGACGAGGAGCCAAAGAGGAAAGAUUCCGAGGAGGUGAAGAAGCCCGAAGAUGUGAAAGAAGAGCAAGCGGAGAAGAGAGAUGAGGAGCCAGAGAAAGCUAAAGGCAAGCUGCCAGUGGAGGACAUCGGAGCCGGAGAGGGAAAUCUCCAGAAUCAAGAGCCAACUAAAAACUCUGAGAAGGAACCCGCAGUUGCCGAGGAGAAAAGCCCCCCGACUAACGAAGCGAAGCAAGAGCCCAGUAACCCCGAGGAGAAGCUUAAAAAGGAAGAAGAUGUAGAUGUUGACAGUACUAAAAAAUCCCCUUCUGAAAGUGCUGAUGAUCUAGUUGAUGAGUACCGCCCAGGCAAGAUUCGAGGCAGUAGCUAUGGAAAAACACUGACAAGAGAAGAGUUGGAGGAAGAACAACGGAUCCAACAAGAGCAUCUGGCUGCCAUCUUCAAGUUAAUGAAAGAAAAGGAGACUUUUGGUGACAUGUCAGAAAAAGACAUGGAAGAACAACUCCAGCUUUAUUCUCUUUAGAUUGUGGCUGUUUGUUCUCCUGAUAGUUGCUUAAUAUUAAGGCUUUCAUUGUGAAGAGAAGGUUUAUUUUUGUGUUUACUAAUGUUUAGAGAUAGUAACUAUUCUACUUGUUAAAGUAACACCACAAUUAACAAUUUUUCACUUGAAGGCAUUCUUGAAAUAUCACCAAAGACUUUUUGUAAAGCUGAAUGUUCAAAUUUUAGUCAAUUUAAUUAUUCCCUAGUCCGAUGUCUCCAAAUCUUGAGCUGAACUCUUCUGUUCUUCCAGUCAUUGUGUAGGUGUUAACAGUUUAGCUUUGACCGAGGUAUCUUUUGGGUGCAAGUAGAAUCUAAAUUUCAAAUGUUUGGAAGCAGGUCAUUCAGCCCAUCUAGUCCACACUAACCUUCUGAAGAGCAUCCCACCCAGACCCAUCCCCCUCCUCUAUCCCUGUAACCCUGCACUUCCCAUGGGCAAUCCUCCUAAUCUGCACAUGGGACAAUGGGAGGGAAUCAGAGCAGCUGGAGGAAGCCCAAACAGACAUUGGCAGAAUGUGUCAACUCCACACCCUCACCUGAGGGUGGGAUUGAACCUGUGUUUCUAACCUUGGGGUAGCAGUGCCAGCCACUGAAGCAUCCAUGCUAUCCUGCUUGAGUUCUUGUUACCAUUUUUGAAGGUUUAGUAUCUUGGGACAGGUCAUAAUACUGAGUUAUCAACAAGUCCUGGGUCAGUCUACAUCAGACAAACAAUUCUAUUGUUCCUCAUUCAUGGGGAAAGCUUACGUUACACUUUAUUGCAACUCCUUUUGGGAUGGAAGUGUCUGAGCUGUGCGUCAUUCCCAGUGCAUCAGUACCAAAAUAUCGAUAAAUGACAGGAAGAUAGUAUUUUAUGGGACUGCUAAUGUUGAAAUAUUCAGGCCUCAUUGUAGCACUCUUUCCUCACACUUCACACAAUUUGCAAUGACCAUUUGUCUGUCCUCUCCGAACUGUCUUCCUUGCAUUAUUGAGGCUUAGAUUUCUUUUUAGUUAAGAUCUAUUGCAAGACCGCACACUUAAAUAUCAAAUUGUGAUGUGUUUACCUCAUUGCCUCUUGUGUUCUUUUGCAAACUGCCUGUAAAUCUGUUCUGAUCUUUCCUCCAAUUGCAAUAGUUUCCUUUGUCUUCUCUGGACCCUAUAACUCUUAAUACUUGCUAAUUUCCCUCACUUUCUCUCAGGCUAUAAGCUCUAGCUGCUUCAAUCUAUCCAUGUAACUGAUGUCCAUCAAGACUGGAAAACUUUGUAUUCGAGAGUGCUAUGUGUUGAGUCUUUUUACAAGACUCUACAGAGAAAUACAAGAAUUUUUUAACCAUUAAAAUGAGUGCUGUUAUUGUGGAUGUAGAAAUUUCACAAUAUUGCUCAGUUGUAAAUUUCAAAUGAGAUCUUGUUUCUUUUGAGUUCUCUUUUGAAGAUAAGACAACUUUGAUAAUUUGCAGCAAUCAGAAAAUAAAGUGCGUUGCCUAAUUUGGUUACCUUUGUCCUGGUUCUAAAGUUGAGACUAGUCUGAGCUUUGAAACUCUCAUCUGUUGUGCUUCCCUUGUAAAUUUCUUUUUAAGAUGGUACACAGUUGAAGGCUACUUACCUGAAAACAGAAACCUUUUAUUUUACAUGAAAAUUCUGCAAACCAUGACUCUUACGUAUCAGAUCCAUUUCAUUUUCAAUCUUUUAAAAGGAAAGACAGAAGACCAGAACUUUGCAAACUUGAUAGCAUCUGUGGAAAGUUUAGUUUUCGGGUCAAGUACCUUUUCAUUCAAUCUGGGUUGGGGGAAUUAAAAUGCAGUUUCUAAAACUGGGAUGAAAAGGGAAAUUUGGGGUGGUAGGUGGAAGGUCAGACAGAAGAUUAAAUUAUUAAAAAGGCUAACUGCAAAAAAAAAACUCAGGACUGAUGAAAAGAUAAGAGUAAAUUUCGAUACCAGUAUUGAUCAGAGGCUCUGAAAUGGAGUGGAAGUUUGACUUGAAACUGUUCUGGCCAGAUGGCUUUAAAAUACCAAAUUUAAUGUUGGUUUUUCAAGCUUGUUUGAGAUUAAUUGGAACAGUUUUAGGAGGCAGAGAACAUGCAAGGUUAGAAUGAAUGUGACAGAAUUCAAAAGAUAUGACCAGAAAGUUGAAAUUAGACUUGCCAACUGAACGGAUCAGCCUAUCUGUUUGCAAUAAAAUAUAACAAAAUAGUGGCUACUGGAAAUGAGAAAUGAAAACCAUUGUUGGAAAAAUUCAAGUCUGGCAGUAUCUGUGGACUGAAAGUUAAUGUUUUGGGUCCAGUGUGCUUUUAGAACUGAUUUGUUCUGCCCAUUUGUCAUUAAAAAUUGCAGCAUAAGUAACAAAUAGUGUGCUAAAUUGAAAUAAAUGCAUGUAAAUGGCUGUAGCACUAGGUUGAGAAGGUAAAAAGGUAGGUUUUGCCUCUGAUGUUUGUGGGGGAUGGGCCAGGAGGUGAUGUGGUUGUGGACCAAGAUGUCACUGGGAUUCCUGAAUGCUGGAAGUGAGAUGAUAUUGGCUGGGAGGGGAAGGAGAGGAGGAGAUUUCAUUGAAAAUGAUUUCAUUGAACGUUCAAGCAUAUGAAUUAGGAACUGGAGUAGGCUGCGUUCUCCACAAUGUAUUGUGAACGUGGCUGAGCUAACACACUCCACAUUCUCUUCUCAUCUCUGGGCCUUUUACCCUCAGUCAAGAAUCUAUCCAUUUGUCUUUUAAGAUAUUGAUGACUAACUCUACACCAUUCUUAAGACUGUUCUGGAGACUUAAAAACUGUCUGGGAGGUGGUGGGGUAAAUUCUCAUCAAAUGGAUGGUCCCUUAUUUUAAACAAUGAACGCUACAAAUGAAAAGCAAAUUAUUUGAAGAUGUUAAAUUUGUAAGUUGAUCUAACUAUCAGGGUGAUGGCAAUGCUAUUACUGAGAUUUUCGAAUUGCUUGUAACAUGCAAGUGCUUUGGCCUGCAGUACAUUAAAAUUCCACAAGACUAAGAAAAUUGGUGUUUUGGAUAAAAAUGGUGAACUGUAAUGUAAGCUCUAGGGUGGAGGGAGAGAGCUAUGUUCAAUUUUUAUUCAACUUGUUUCAUUUGUAGAUUUUUUUUUUAAUAAAGUUGGCUAUCAAAUUGGCAUUCUGAAACUAUCUGCUAAUAUGAAAGAUGAGAUGUUUACCUGAACUUUGUUACCCUUGUGAAGUUUAAUUCUGAUGGUGUAAUGAUUUUCUGUGGAUAAGUGAAUAACUCAUGUUUAUUGACAAUGGGGUUAGAAGUACAAUUGAGCUGUUAAAUAAACAUGCUUCGGUACAACUUGUGUAAUGUGCAUUUUAACAAAUACCCCAUUGAAGCAGAGGAAUGAUGUAACUAGUCUGGAAUUAUUUUUGGCUGAUUUUCUCCCCUUCUCAUCAACCAGACUCUGGACAGGUGAAUGAACCAAGCAAUGUGCCCAUCCUUCAGCUAAGUAGCUUCAGCCCUGCUACUUUGUGGGAUCCAAUAUUUGGAGGCCUGGCCCCAAGGUGGCAAAAAUUAAAUAUGGGAUUGAGAUUGAAUGCCAGGAGUUCAAAACCAUUCUUUACCCACAUUUGACUUCACUAAUGGUGAAAAGUGGAAAUUUUAAAUGGUAAUUACUGCAGAUUAAGUAUCUCUGGUCAAAUGCAUAAUGACAAAUGUUCUGAAAUAAACAUGUGUAAACAAUCAU